GAAACUUCAAAGAAAUCGAUCAAAUUCAAAGUCACGGUGUUUGUUCUAUGUCUCGUCUCUAGUGUCGUAGCAAUGGAUUCAGUCAUUGUCGCAGCUUGUUUACCAGCCAUCGCUAUCUCACUGAAAGGAGGCAGCCUAGAGAUAUUUUGGGUUGGGACAUCUUAUUUACUGGCCCAGACUAUCGUUGUUCCUGUGUAUGGCACCUUCUCAGACAUCUUUGGUCGGAAAUCUGUUAUCAUAUUUGCUACGUGCUUGUUCCUACUGGGUAGCAUCCUUUGCGGCUGCGCUCAGAAUAUGGCAUGGUUGAUUGGGGCCCGAGCCGCACAGGGUUUGGGUGGAGGUGGCAUUCUUACACUGGCAGGAGUCAUCAUCAGCGAUAUGACCACCUUGAGAGAGCGACCCAAGUUCGCGUCAUUCAUCGCGUUUGCUUGGGCCUUUGGGACGAAUAUUGGGGUACCAGUUGGAGGGGCAAUUGGCGAAUUCUCGUCUUGGCGAUGGAUAUUUUGGAUCAACAUCCCAGUUUGUGUCCUGGGCAUCAUAGGCCUUGUCUUCGCGCUACAUCUCCACCAAGAAAUAUCCUCUCUCCGCUCCAAAUUAGCGAGGAUCGACUACCUUGGUAUGAGCAUCUUCAUCGCAGCAACUACUUUGCUGUUAUAUGGGUUGACUACUGGAGGCACAGCGCAUCCUUGGAAGUCAGCGAGUGUCCUCGCACCUCUAGUUCUUGGUAUUAUUGGCCUAGGCAUCUUCGUCGUUGUGGAGUGGAGAGUGGUUGCAGCUCCAAUGGUUCCAAUGAGGAUCUUCUCAAACAGAUCUGCGAGUGCUUCCUACUUCGGCGCUUUUGUUCAUGGCUUGGUACUAUGGUCCUUCACGUACUAUCUUAUUAUAUUCUUCCUCGGUGCUCGUGGAGAUGCUUUGUUCAAAUCUUCAGCCGAAACGCUCCCAGGAAGUGCUCCAGUCGCGCUCUCAGCCGUAUUCGCGGGUAUAUGGGUAUCUAAGACCCUCCAUUUCCAAAAGCUCACCUGGAUAGCCUGGAUCCUUAUAACUCUCGGCACAGGUCUCAACGCCCUCAUGAAGCCAAACUCGGGCUCAGGCAUCCUCUACGGUCUACGUGUCAUAGCAGGAAUUGGUGGAGGCUUCCUCUUCCAAGUUCCCCUCUUUGCAGUCCAAUCACACAUGUCGAACAAAGAGGACCUCGGUAUAGCUACAUCAAUGAUCACUUUCUUCCGAAGCACUGGUCAGGCCUUUGGCGUUGCAAUUGGCGGGACCGUUUUCCAAAACGAAUUCGAUAGAUUUGUGGCUCGAGCGGUAACACAAGGGUCGUUGACAGAAGACUUUGUGAUUUCGGGUGCGCAGGCAACAGGAGCGUAUGGGAUCAUUGAAAUGUUUCCUAAGGUUGUGGUGGAGGUGUAUAGGUAUAUCUAUUCGGAUGCACUGAGGACUGUCUGGCAUGUUACAACUGGGAUUGCGGGGGCGGGUUUGUUAGCUAGUUUGGUGAUCAAGGAUGCGAGUAUGGACAAGGGGCAUCAAUCGAGUCAAGGUUUUAGGGAAGGAAAGGUGGAGGAGAAUAUUGCAUGAGCGAGGUAAUAUUUUACUUUGAUGCUGGAGACGAGGAAGAUGUCCUUCAAGGGUUUUGGUGUUUGCUGCCAAGAUGAUCGGUCGUGUAGGGAAC